GCUCUUGAAGUAGCUCUGAGUUCCAGAAACGUUGGUGACCCCUGGUGUAGACUAACGAGCUGAACACUGACGAACAAUGGAACAUCAUUAAACACAAUUAAUCACAGCCGUUGGACCUUGUUGUGCAAUAGCACAGUCCGGUGAUGUGACGGAGAACAAUCGUCGAUAUUGUUCCCCAGUUGCUGUGAAAGCUUCUGUUUACAUUAAACCCAAGCAAGGGUGGAGACAUGUGAUGACAAAUGAGGAUGAAAGGCCAAACCGUCACUUCCUUUGACAGAAGAUUGACAUCCUGAACUGGGUACAACGCUUCAGUACAAGGCAUCAGAGUUCUUCUUUCCCCUCUUUCUACAUCAGCAGCAUCGCGAGCAGUUGACAUGAGGUUGAUUAAAACAGGUCGCUUUGGAAACCAGUCAACCAAUGGCAGAGCAGGAUGCUGUUUACAGGGAGAGGGAGGAGGGAGACAGCGUUUCUAUGGUUGCCGGACAAACCUCCUGACGCCAGGUGCAGGAGGUGACGGAGGAGGGCCAUGCUGUCUCUAACCUCUUCUGAUCCCUGGCCUGAGGGCUCAGUGGCCCUGGAGGAGGAGGUGGUGACCGCCGCAGCCCAGGCGGAGCAGCGAGACAGUGGCGUCAGCAUCAGCGUCAGCGACGUUAGCAUCAGCAGCUCUGUAUGUUUGGACGACAGCCUGACCAGCCUGCAGUGGCUGCAGGAGUUCUCCAUCCUGAGCGCUAACGUUCCACAGCAGCCGUUCCAGCAUCAGACCGGUCUGUUUGGACACCGCCCUCCUGGGUCCGACGCACCGGCCUCGCCUCUCGCGGGCGACCCUGCCUCCAUGGGCACACCCCUGACCCCGGGGAAGCCCACGGCCGCCGCCUACUGCAGGAUGCAGCCCAUCGUGGCUCACGGUCACUGUCCUGACGAGGUGGACUACAAGACCAACGCAGACGUGAAGCCGCCGUACUCGUACGCCACGCUGAUCUGCAUGGCCAUGCAGGCCAGCAAGAAGUCCAAGAUCACGCUGUCGUGCAUCUACAAGUGGAUCACUGAGAACUUCUGCUACUACAAACACGCUGACCCCACCUGGCAGAACUCCAUACGACACAACCUGUCCCUCAACAAGUGCUUCAUCAAAGUGCCGCGGCAGAAGGACGAACCAGGGAAGGGGGGUUUCUGGAAGAUCGAUCCACAGUACGCCGAGCGCCUCCUGAGUGGAGCCUACAAGAAGAGACGGAUGCCACCGGUCCAGAUCAACCCGGCCCUGCAGAACCGGCUCAGGAUCAACCUCCAGCCCUCGUCCAGAAACCCGUACAGCCCCCCCGGGGCAACGCUCAGUCUGAACAUCAACCCUGAGUCGCAGCAGCUCCUCAGGGAGUUUGAAGAGGCCACUGAAGCUGAUCAGAACUGGGAUCCUCAUCUGGCCAAGGGCACCAUGCUGGGCUCCUGGCCAGUGGUCAGGGGUAGAGGUGGUCAGAAGAGGAAACAGUCCCUGGGCUCCAGGGCUGGUGCGAUCAAAGCCCCCCGACGCUGCAGUUCUCCUUUGCUCUCCGUAGACGAACACAAGGAGGUGGGACCGCUGAAGGGCGACUUCGACUGGGAUGCCCUGCUGGACUCGGCCCUGAGCGGCGAACUUAGUUUGGAGGAAGGAGAUCACCUGGAUCCCAUCGAAGGAGUGGAGGACUUGACGGUGAGGGGGACGCACAUCUCCCCGGCUGAAGUUCCAGCGGGGACGGGAGACUUCCACGUGCUGUUAGAAACUCAUCGCAAUAAUGAGGUGUCAGACCUUGACGAGGAGACCUUCCUCGCCACAGCCUUCCUGGAGAACCCUUGGCCUGAAGAAGAGGAACAAGUCAACAACGAUUUCCUCUGUACCUCGACCGUCAACCUGGACCAACUCUUUGACCUCGGAGACUCGUUGAACGGAGACUCCAGCACCAGGAUCGACGCCCUGCUUUGAGGAACAGCCAGUGAGCAGGCCCUGGUUUGGCUUCACUGAGAUACACUGGAAUAUUUUUACUCUGCUCUUCUUUUUUUUUUUUUACAUUGUUAAACAAAUUGAAGAACCUUUUUGUGCAGGAUCCACAAUCACACCGACUGAACCGAGAAGCCACAACGUCAUCACAGUGAAAAACUCCAAACUGAUUUUCAAGACUGCAGACCAAAGACUGUAGACUAAGAACCGGAGGUUCUCCCAGACGUGUUCCACUCUUCUUCUGUUUUCUUCUAAACUGAGUCAUUGUUUCAGAACUGACAUCAUAAAAGACCUGGAUCUGAUGUACGACCCAAACGUCCUGAAGGUCGGGGACAGUGAAACAGUCACAGAUGUUCGUGUCUGAAGUGUCUGAAUUCUACCACUAGCCAUGUUUUUUCACUGCAUUCUACCAGGAACCGUUGGCACCGUUUGUGUUUCAGCCCUAGUGGCCACAGCAGGAAGGUUACACCAGUGAGUUCCUCUAAUGUGUCAAACAGUUCCCAGUGUCUCUGGUCUCUCUCUCUCUCUCAAAGUUGCUCCAAAUGGGAAAAGUCAGACAGAGGUUCCUGGACUUCCCCUGGUCCCACGUCUUCUUCAGAGUAAACUCUGUUGUUCCUGAGUCAAAGGUUGUAAAAAUCAAACUGACACAUUUUCCCACUAGUCGAGAGGUUCUGCCAUGAAAGUACCAGAACUACCUGAUGGUCCCACCUGUGGAGCAGGGACUGUUCUGUGGUUGACGUUCCCUGGUGUUUGGUACCAGUUCAGUGUACAGUGAUGUGUAUUGUUACUGGUACUGUACAAACUGAUGGUACUCAUUUGUAUAAUAAGGAGGUGGGUUUUUGGUACUGUUCUUAGAUCCUGGUACCUGCAGUGGAAAUCACAUAUAGUUCCUGUGUAUGUGUAUAUAUAUGGUACGGUGUUCUUCUAUGGUAAACCCAUCAGAACUUCCUCCUGGUCCUGGUCCUGGUUCUGGUCCUGGUCCUCUUCUUCUCGACUGUCUGUGCUGUCUGUGCUGUCUGUCUGUCUGUCUGUCUGUCUGUGCCGUAUCACUGACAACAACUCCCUUUUGUUCAUAAACCUCCUUACUAUGACUCUCUCCCUUCCUCUCCUCUCCGUUCCUCCCUUUUGUAUCUCCUCCCAU